UGGCUUAAAGAGACAUAUGCGUUCUUACACUUGCAAGAGACCGUUAAGAUGUGGGAAGUGCAGCAAACAGUUUAGUUGGCUUUGUAAUCUGAAGAGACAUAUGAGAACCCACACCGGUGAGAGACCUUAUAAGUGUGAUAAGUGUAGCAAACAGUUUAGUGACCAGGGCAAUAUGAAGAGUCAUAUGAGGACUCAUACUGAUGAGAAACCAUUCAAAUGUGAGGAGUGCGGAAAUCAGUUUAGUAGGAUGUAUCAUCUGAAGAGUCAUAUACGGACUCACACCGGAGAGAAGCCCUAUAAGUGCGAAGAAUGCAGCAAACAGUUUAGUGUGUUGGGUGGUCUGAAGAUACACAUGCGGACACAUACCGGAGAGAAGCCCUAUAAGUGUGAUGAAUGCAGCAAACAGUUCAGUGUGUUGGGUAAUCUGAAGAUACACAUGCGGACACAUACCGGAGAGAAGCCCUAUAGGUGCGAUGAAUGCAGCAAACAGUUCAGUAAGAUGUGUAGUCUGCAGAAGCAUAUGCGGACUCACACUGGUGAGAAACCUUACAGAUGUGAGGAGUGGCGGCAGGCAGUUUAGUCGGCUUGAUAACCUGAAGAGCCAUGUGAUGACUCAUACCGGUGAGAAACCCUACCAGUGUAAAGAAUGCAGUAGGAGCUUCCGUACCUCAGGUAAUCUCCGGAGGCACAUGCGAACU